AUGGACCUGGCCAGCUCCCGAGCCAGUAGCCAGGAUGAAACUGAGGCAUCCUCCGGCUCAGCUACACCCGCGAGCUCGGAGUCGGACCUGAGCUGCUUUGCUUGCGGCGAGCAUGGCGCUGUGAUCGACUGCCAGGGGAAGGAUUGCAGCCGCAGCUUCCACCUCCCCUGCGCCUCCAGCAACGGCUGCGUCACGCAGUUUUUCAAGGCCUACAGGUCCUUCUGCUCGGAGCACUGCCCGGAGCAGGCGGUGCCGGUACGCCCAGACGAAGAAACCACCUGCAUCAUUUGCAUGGAGCGGGUGGACGAGAAGCUAUCGUUCGGCACUAUGGUGUGCCCAGCGUGCCGAGGGGCCUGGUUUCACCGGGGCUGCAUCCAGGGGCAGGCUAGCCGCGCUGGCCGGGAGUGCUUCCGGUGCCCCCAGUGCAAGAAUAAGAGAAAAUUCCUCCCGGAAAUGUUAAAAAUGGGGAUCUUCGUCCCGUUCAGACCACCAGCCUGGGAGGAGACGGGGCAGUACGAGGAGCUCUACGAGAGGCACAGCCAGUGUGAUGCCGGCCAGUGCCUCUAUCGGGAGGGCAGGCAGCAGGCGCAGGAAAGCGGGCCGUGGGAGCUGCUCUUGUGCUCCUCGUGUGCAUCCAGAGGGACGCAUCGACACUGCUCGGCGGUGGGAGCAGCCACGGAGGCCUGGGAAUGCGAUGGCUGUGCCGGCAUAGGCCCCGCCCCCAGCGCACCGCCAGAGCCGUCCGUUCCCAGCACCAGCAGCAAGCCAGGAGCGGAGGCGUCCUCCAGCUCUGCUGCGCCCUCCAGCUCAGAGCCGGACCUGGCCAGCUCCAGCACCAGCAGCCAGGAGGAAUCCGAGGCAUCCUCCGGCUCAGCUACAGCCGCAAGCUCGGAGUCGGACCCGGCCAGCUCCCGAGCCAGCAGCCAGGAGGAAUCAGUCAUCUUCUGGCACCCCGGCUCCAGAGAGCAGCCCCCAGGCAGGGCGGCCAGGGCCAGGGCCAGAGCGAUGACCAGGACGCUCCCGUCUAUUCCGCCGGCCACAACUUCCUUACAGCCGGCCCUGAAUGCCCUGCGGGACGAGCUGUGUGCCAGCCCCAAGCAGUGGCACCCCUACCCUGCCCCUGCAGAAUAA